CCAUUUUGUGUCCCGCACAACCUGCUCAGACGGAGACGAGGAUCCAGCGAAGCUCAAGUGUUAAUGUUAACUGACAUUUCUUAUUUUAAUCUGCGUUUAAAGUCUACAAGAGUUUGGUUUGUAGGUGGCGUUGUUCGCGGUUGUCUGGCUGAGUUGAUUGUCACCGGACGGUUGACAGUCGUGUCGGACUUCAUCUUGUUUACCAUCAACUGUAGCAGAAGAGCUAACGUCGUUAGCUCGGUCGCUAGCCCGCGCAGUGCUAGCGUUAGCUUCGUAACGCUAAAUCUGUGGCGAAAUGGCGGCCAACAAGACACAAUCGGCACCAGCGAGUAACUGGUCUUAUGCUGGUCCUGAUGAUGGCCAGGUUCGCGAAAACCCAGAGUGGGAGAAAGCAAGACAAGCACUAGCAUCCAUUACCAAGAGUCAGAGCGCUGCAAAGGCUACACAAGCCAACCGGACCACAGCAGAGGUCGGUCAGUUCCAGCCAGCAGUGACUGACUCAGUUCCAAUGGCGCUGCAGCCGCAGCCGCAGCAGCAAUACUAUCCGUGGUACCAACAAUCACAGCAGCACUACCCUGGAUACACGUACCCCUAUAACUAUUAUUACCCCAUGGGUCCAUAUGGAGCUGCAUAUCCACCAAACCAGUAUGGUGUACCCCCAGGGCCUUACCCAGGAAGUCCUCUAGCCAAUGGCCAGCCUCCUCCAGUGCCUGGAAUGGAAGACCAGUCCCCUAGCUACCCCUCUCAACCACAACCCCCUCCCCCUGCUACUCCCCAACCUCCCCAGAGCCCAACCACCUCAGAGAAACCCCCUCCCCCUCCAACCCCACCCAUUCCAUCCUCUCCCAACUCCCAGUAUCCCCCCCCUCCAUCACAAAAUGCUUACAGUGCCAAUAACUCCAUGCCAUACCCAUCUGGUGACCCCAACCAAAUGCAACACUAUAAUCAUUCCCAGGGAAGGCCUAACUAUGGCCAGGGCUUCCAACCCCAGAGCACCUAUCAGUCCUCUCAGAGUAACUCUCAGCAGCCAGGCCAGUAUGUACCAGGAUUGGGCAGAGGAGAGGCCAACAAAAACCAAACACAAGGACAACAACUGUGGCAUCGCAUGAAACAGGCACCUGGGGCAGGUAGUCUGAAGUUCAAUAUUCCCAAGAGGCCCUAUCAGGUACAGUGUUCUCCAACGUCCAAUCAGGCUUUCCCUCCAGGCGAGCAGCCCUCAGGAUUAAAUCCAGCUCCGUCCUCCCCAGGUUCUGCCAACGCUGCAUCUGGAGGUGCGCAGACACGGCCCCAGGACUGGCCCCAAGCAAUGAAGGAAUAUGUGCAGCGCUGUUUUACAGCAUGUGAGACAGAGGAAGACAAAGAUCGCACCGAGAAAACGCUGAAGGAAGUCCUGCAGGAUCGAUUAAAGGACGGCUCUGCUUACACCAUUGACUGGAAUCGUGAGCCACUGCCAGAACUAAGAGCCAAGCAGUCUCGUUGGGAAGCUGUCUCUUCCCUGAGGUCCUCAGAUGGCUCAAAUGGCCGUGGUGGAAGUACAGUGGCUGCAUCUUUGAGAGGCAGGGCCGGAGGACAGAGGCUGGGCCACUACAGGAAUAUAUUUUCUCAAAGGAGUCCAUCCUCUAGUUCCUCCCGUUCCUCCUCCCGCUCUCCAUCCCCCUCUCAUGGCCGACACAGGGACCGCAGCAACCAAAGGCAUAGGAGAAGUGAUUCUGGCUCACAAUCAGACAGCAGCAUCUCCAGUGACCUUCGUAGUCAAAUUUCAAGACGAGGUCAGAAAGGAGCCCGUGGUCGUGGUAAUGACCGAGAUAGAGGCAGAGGGGGUGGAGAGAGAGGAAGAGGAAGAGGAGGAAAAGCCAAUAGAGGAAGACGAAACAUGGAAGAAACUGGUGGAAAAAAGAGGAAAGGAGGAAAUGCCGGUCUGGAUUUCCAUGACCCCAACAGAGAAGCCAAGAAACAGAGCAGAGCCGCUCGUUUCCACAAGCAGCUCCGUUUAGAGCCCCUGGUUCUCUCUGUCAAUACAGUAGACCUGCCUAAUGGUACACAGGAGGGCCUGAGCUGGGAGGACUGUCCCAUUGUGGGAACAUGUCAGGACAUCACAAAGCACUACCUGAGGCUCACUUGUGCCCCUGACCCCUCCACUGUGCGCCCUGUGCACGUGCUGAGAAAAUCUCUGCAGGUUGUGAAACUUGACUGGAAAAACAACCAGGACUACACUUACGCCUGUGAGCAGAUGAAGUCCAUACGACAAGACCUCACGGUCCAGGGAGUUAGAACAGACUUCACAGUGGAAGUGUACGAGUGUCAUGCACGUAUUGCUCUCGAAAAGGGAGACCAUGAAGAGUUCAAUCAGUGCCAGACCCAGCUGAAGGCCUUGUACAAGGACCAUCCCUCCGAGAACAUAGGAGAGUUUACGGCAUAUAGGUUGCUGUAUUACAUCUUCACCAAAAACUCUGGCGAUCUGACCACUGAGUUGGUGUACUUGACCCCGACAUUGCAGGCAGAUAAGUGUGUGGCUCAUGCUCUUGCAGUCCGAGCUGCCUGGGCAUUAGGAAACUUUCGCCGUUUCUUUAAGCUCUACCUGGAAGCACCACGAAUGGCCUCAUAUCUCAUUGACAAGUUUGUAGAGAGGGAAAGAAAGGUUGCUCUUCGGGCCUUAUUUAAAUCGUUCAGGCCUGACUUGCCAGUCGAAUAUGUGCAGUCCAGUCUGGGCUUCACUUGUUUAGAUUCCUGUGUGACCUUUCUUACUGGGCUAGGUGUCACCUUCACCCCCUAUGACUCCCAAAAGAUAGACUGUAAAACCAGCACCACAGCUUUGGCUGCCUCCUGAGUGUGUGGGUGGAUUAGCAGAAUGUGGGGAGAACCUCAUGGAUACUUACAUAUUCACUGCACUGCACUUUAGUCACCUUAGUCAGUUCAGAUAAGAUUCAGAUUAACACCUUUACCAGCCCCAUUGAGAAGGAAACAUUCUAACACGCUGCUGAGAGAAUGAGAUUUCAGGAUACAGGGUUAAUUAUCUGACACUCCGAUAAGAACAGUUUCAAACAUGAGGGAGAAUAUUUGCACACUCAAACUAUUGCCAGAUAUUCUGAUUCCCAACUUAACACAAUAAUUGUGAUGCCAGAAAAGUGAAUCAACAGUUCAGAUUUGGAAAAGUCAUGUAGUCUCAGCACUUAGAGGCCAAGAACAAGAUCAGGGUGCCUCCCCCUCCCUCCAUGGUUCCUGUUCCUUUACGGCCAUCAGGUGUCACAGCUAACAGUGUUCUGUUGUGUGUUUUCCUUCCUCAAGUCAACAGCUCCAAGGCCUGAAGAUUCAAGCCAUGUCAAUCAAAAAGGGAAAUGCACAGCUCUUCUUCAAGUCACUUAUCCGGUAAUCUCUUGGUUGAAGUCAAGCCGAUCGUUGAAUCAAGUCAACGUCACAUUAUCCCCUCAGAGACUGUGAGACGGCCAGGUGAGAAGAUGCAGUUUGUCUGCAAGAAGAAGUGGUGGUUUGUAUGUCCUGCCCUGCCUCCCAUUUCCUCCAUGUAUGAUCUGCAACAAGCGGCUCAUCCCGUUCCUUCUCCCCAACACAUGCCAUUUCAAAACGACGGACUGAAGUCUAAAGUCACCAGGUUGUGUUCAGAACUGUUAAACCGCUUGGUCAGUUAUGAAAUGGUAUUCCAGCAUUGGGAAGAAGUCUCAACCUGUUGAGCAUUGACUCUGUAUGAUAAAGGAUACAGGCCAGUGUUCUACAUCAAGGGUGUGUCGUCGCUCCUCCACAUCCUGGAAGCUAAACGCCAUCUCAAGGAUCUAAGCAGCUUGAGGCAGAAAGGAAAACCUGUUUCCAUCAUCCUAGGGUAGAAGCUCCGGUCUGCAUCUGGAAUCCAGCACACCCUGGUCAUCACAGCAGAGUGCACCAGUGAUGACACCUUAACUUCACCAGCUAAGAGCGCCUGGAGGGGAAACGUGCUGCUGCUUCUCAAAGGAGUAACGAGUGGUUUGUAUGCUACAUCUGCUGUUGGUAUUCACAUGGCUGGUAAGAAAAAAGGGACUUCUCUGAAAGGCGAUGGAUGACGACAUCUCUUCUGUGUUUUUUUUUUUUUUAGUAUUGUGUAAAAAUUUUGGAACAGCAAUAUGAAUUAUUCUCUUGAAGAAAAACACUCAUCUUUCAUAAGAAAAUGUCAGACUGAAGAAAAGAUUGAAGGAAGAUCCCAGACUGUUUCAAUGACAUGAUCAAGUAAUUGAAAUCAAAAGACAUUAUUUUUAAACUAUCUGAGCUCAAAUGUGUAGCUUUUCUGGUACAGACCAGUUUCCUUGAUGUGGCAGUGAAAUCGUAGCAGGCUUCCAUCUCUCUGACUCAGCACAUUUUCCUCUUCAGGUAUGUGACAUGAGGGUGCCUAGAUAGAAACUCGCCUGAAAUUUAAAAACACAAAUUGGUACAGUCCCUCAUUAAUUGAGUUGUGGUCUUUAACAGUUUUAGUAACUAUGGAAGAAAGAUUGAUGUGGUAAAUGUCUUUGGUAGAACUGACCAGGGCACAAGUUGGAUGCAGGCUUUUUGUAAAAAAAACUCUUAUGUAAAUAUUGUAUGAUAAUGAUUUCAUUUCAGUUAAUAGAUUGUUUUUUUCACACAUGGGUAAGUGUGAAGGUUUUUUCCACUGAGUUUCUCAAAACUAUGUGAAUAUGUAAAGUUAAAUACAGAUGGGUCUGAAUUGGAUUGUGUGCACUGUCUUUAACAUCAGUACAGUGGUUUACAAAUGUCAUUGGUAGUUUUUCCCUGUGAAAUAUCAUAAACCAAAUUUUGGCCAGAUGUUAUGAUCCCUUCAUGAGAAAACAUUUUAAACUUAAUCCCUUCUUGUUAAGUAGCAUAGAUUUUUCAUCAAGUUGGCAACGUGAUUGUUUAAACCUGGAUGUGUGUCAAAGUGUUGUGCAAUGACAAUGAUCUCAACAUGUUUUCUUUCUUCCCCUACCUUCAUCUACCUGACCUCUGUCAUCUUUACUGUCCCCCCCCUCACUCCCCAAACCUCUCUCACAAACCACCAGACGUCUCGUUCUCCAGCUCACAGCACUGCUGCAUUGCAGGAGCCCAGAAAAGUGGGCGAACCUCCUCCAGAUGCAGCCGGAGAGAGAGAGAGAGAGAGAAUUGUGAGCAAAAUCCAAGUCUGGUGCUCAAGUUGAAGCUGUACAGCUGAUCUGUGGGAGCCUCACGUAAUGAAAUGUAAUGAAAAUGAUGAUCUUCUGCUGCAGAUGUGAUUUUUCAGCUUAGUCCAGAUAUUUCAACACGUUUGCUUGUACUGUGAGAUGCCUGUUUAGAUUUAGACUCUGUUUUAAUGGAAGUCAUAAUGUGCUUUUCUGUUUGUCCAGACACAUUUGUAGUUUAUUUUUCUAUUUUCUUCUUUUUUUUUCCUCCAGUCUGAUGUUUCGCUAUUUAGUUUUUUUUCCUUUCAACUUAUUAAUUUAUUGCCAGGAAUCCUUAGGCCUGUGUUUGCUUGAACAGAUUUACGUGAAUCAGAGUUGAUUAUUGCAGAGAGUUUUUCCCUCAUAAUCUUGAAUGUGUCUGCACAUACAGAACAAAUCUUUUUCCAACAUUUAAAAAAAAAAAAAAACACCUUUCUCUGGUAUCUAGGCAAAGUUUCUAUUUUGAAAAGUGCUGGUGUGUGCCUCCAUCCUCCGAUUCCCCUUUCAGUAGCGUCACAUGUGAUAAGCGUGUUGACUGUGAUUGUGCGUUUCCUUAGGCUUGUAUAAAUGUGCACUUUCUACACAGGGUUGAAGCGUGUACUUGUGAUGUCUCAGGUUGAAACAGACCAGGAAGUUCACUUUAUUAUUAUUUCUUUUAAAUAGUAAAUUCACCCCAGAUAACUAACAAUACACAUUUAAUUUGGAUGUCCCCCCCCCCCCCCGAUACCCGAGUCAUGUUUUCAGUAUUUUUUGCUCCCUUGUUUUGCUGUACAUCUCCCAUCAGUCUGUAACUUCUUCGUUGAUACGUCACUCUGGAAGAACUCUCAUGUCUCUCUUCACCUCAGCUCAGUUCAUUUCCUCCCAUUUCCCCUAUUUAACUUCAUUAAGUUGAGUCGAUCUCGUUUCUGUUCUCACCUUCUCUCACUCCGUCUCCCUGCAUGCUUUCCUCCCUUCUUCUCCUCCAAAACUAAACACUAUUGGUUCUAUUCUCAUUCUCCUCCUUUCCCUAAAUGUUGUUGAGUUUGUUUGUGACUGUUUGCCAGGUGCAACUAGAGUCACUCUCACUAGUAAGUAUUGUAUUGCUUCUGCAAUGCUUGGAUAGUUUAUGUUGCAGCUCACUAACAACUGAAGGUUUAUCUGCAAACACCCAACCCUCAUCCCUCACUUCCCCUUGCCUCUACAGAUCUAAUAUGACAAACUGCCAUUUUGUAAAUAUUGUGUACAUAAUAUCUUUUGAAAAAAAUCUAAUAAAGGGCAAAAUAAUGUGGUUAUGGAGUAA